GGGGCCGACUGUCGACGCACUAAACCCUGCAGGAUGUCGCAGUUUGCGGAGGUGUGAAUUCAGCGGCCAGGCGGCGGGUUUUCAGGCGAAUAUCGACCUUUCCCAGCUAAAUAAGAAGAGUUUGAGGCUUCAGCUCGGCUUGUUCCGCCAGCGCGGAGUUAAACAGUCUCGUGUGCCGCCGCCAUCAUUCUGUGCUGCAGGGCCGACACCAACAUGUCUUCCAACGGAGACGUCAGCGACCUCGGCAGCUCCGACAGCUUCUGGGAGCCGGGUAACUAUAAAAGGACGGUGAAGCGGAUCGACGACGGCCACCGGCUGUGCAACGAGGUCGUUAGCUGCUUCCAGGAGAGAGCCAAGAUCGAGAAGAGCUACGCUCUGCAGCUGAGCGACUGGUCCAAAAGGUGGAGGGGCAUCGUUGAAAAAGGGCCUCAGUACGGGACUCUGGAGAAAGCGUGGCACGCCUUCAUGCAGGCGGCCGACCGCCUCAGCGAGCUGCACAUGGAGCUGCGGGAGCAGCUGGCGGGCGAGGACUGCGAGAAAGUCCGCGACUGGCAGAAAGACGCGUUCCACAAGCAGAUGAUGGGAGGCUUCAGGGAGACGAAGGACGCAGACGACGGGUUCAGGAAAGCUCAGAAACCCUGGGUCCGCAAGCUGAAGGAGGUGGAGUCCAGUAAGAAAAGCUACCAUCAGGCCAGGAAGGAGGAGUGGACCGCCGUUUCCAGGGAAACGCACGCCAAGGCUGACCCGUCCAAAUCCCAGGAGGAAGUCCGCAAAUUCACGGUCCGGGCCGAGCGCUGCAACCAAGAGUCCGAGAAGGCGAAGGAUCGCUACGCGAAAGCCCUGGAGGAUCUGAACCGCUGCAACCCUCGCUACAUGGAGGACAUGGAGCAGGUGUUCGACCUCACGCAGGAGGCAGAGCGGAAGAGGCUGCGCUUCUUCAAAGACGUCCUGCUGGACAUCCACACGCACCUCGACCUGUCCGCCAAAGACAGCUUUAAGAACCUGCACCAGGAUCUGGGUCAGACCAUCCGAGCUGCCAACGAUGCUGAAGACCUGCGGUGGUGGAGGAACACCCACGGACCGGGGAUGAGCAUGAACUGGCCCCAGUUUGAGGUGUGGAAACACACACAGAUACACACACACGCACACACACAGAGAACUGUGAAAAAUCGGGAUGCAAACAA